AUGAACCCUCAACCCGUCGACGCACCCCUCACCACAUCGGCAACUUUCCUCGUUGUGUCGGCCACACACACGCCCGAUUCGGUCCGCAAGAUCCGGAAGGCCUUGUCAAAGGUCAGUGACAUUAUCAAGAAUGUCUCUAUUCGGAGUCCCACUGCCAACCUCAGCUGCAUCGUCGGCAUUGGGGCCUCUGUUUGGGAUGGUCUCAUGAAGCUCCCCCGGCCAGCUGAGUUGCAUCCGUUCCCGGAGGUGCGAGGCGCUGCUCACACUGCCGUUUCCACGCCGGGAGACUUGAUCUUUCAUAUCCGGUCUGAGAGGAGGGACUUUUGUUUUGAGUUUGAGCGGCAGCUCAUGGAUCUGCUUGGAGACGCAGUGAAGAUGGAGGACACGACUAUCGGGUUCCGAUAUUUUGAUGCUCGGGACUUGCUGGGCUUCAUUGACGGCACCGCAAAUCCAGUCGGUUCUGACGUGGAGGACAGCGUCCUCAUCACCGAAUCAGACGACAGACCCGCAGCAGGAGGCAGCUACAUCGUCGUUCAGAAAUACCUUCACAAUCUGAAAGCAUGGCAGGCCCUUUCCACGGAACAGCAAGAAGCCAUUAUCGGCCGAACCAAAAUUGACAACAUCGAGCUAGACGAUGCCGAGGAAGGCCAGCAGCAAGCACACAAGACACUAGCGACGCUAGAAGACGAGGACGGAAACGAACACGACAUUCUCCGGGAUAACAUGCCGUUCGGGUCGCCAGGUUCUAGCGAAUUCGGCACGUACUUUAUUGGAUAUUCACGCAAGCUGUGGGUUAUUGAGAAAAUGAUGGAGCGCAUGUUCAUUGGAAAUCCGCCUGGGUUGCAUGAUCGCAUUCUUGACUAUUCAACGCCGGUGACUGGGUCGACCUUUUUUGCUCCGACUGCAAGUGUGCUGGAACAACUUGACUAA